UUAGGGCGAGCAGCACAGGAAGGUUUUGCUGCUGCUGCGCCGGAAUCUCUCGGGCUCCCUGCGGGGAGCAGAACUGGCAGGAGGUGCGGGCACCAAAGAUUCAGGGAGCCUGGCAUCCUGGGGUGGCAAAGUACAGCCCACAGUAUGGAGGAAUUUCUGCAUCGCACCAAAUCCCGACUGGACCGUGCUAAACAGUUGGAAAAGGUCCAUACUGUUAUUGGAAAUAAGUGCUGUGACUUGGACUCUAUCAUUUCAACCUUGAUCUAUGCCUAUUAUUUAGACAAGGUCAACUCACCAGGUAUACUGUGCCUGCCUGUUCUAAAUGUUCCACGGGGAGAGUUCAACUUCUACAGCGAGACCAGAUUUAUUUUGGAAGAGCUGGAAAUCCCAGAAUCAUUUCUUAUCUUCAAAGAUGAAAUUAACCUACAUCAACUUAAUGAAGAAGGCCGAUUAUUAACAACACUUAUGAACUUCAGUACAUUGUCUAGUGAUGAUGCCACAUUGGAAGCCUCUGUAGUUAAGUUCAUUCAUUCAGAAAAAAGAAUUGAUGCUGGCCAGGAGUUUCAGGAAUCAUGUUCUUGCUUAGUUGCAAAAGAGAUUCUUGAAAAGGCACCGGAACUAGUUACUCAGCAGCUUGCUCAUCUUCUCAGAGGAAGUAUUCUGUUUAGUUGUCUGUCCAUGGAACAUGAAAGAAUUGCAAAACAAGAAGAAGACAUAAUAUGUCUAUUGGAGGAGAAAUUUCCUGAGCUGCCACCACGGCAGGACAUAAUCAGCAGUUUGCAAGAGACCAAGAUGCACACGCAAGGGACAAAUGUCGAAGAUAUUUUACUUAAAGACAUCAAAGAACUGUCCGAUGGGGAUAUAAAAGUAGCUAUUAGUAGUAUUUGCAUGUCUUUGGAGGUAAGUAAAAACCAAUAA